AUGUGCACCUCACUCCGUAAUAUACCACCGAGUCAAUGCUACAAUUGUCGUGCAAACGACACAACAUCCUGUGAAGAUUCGAGCUCUUGGACAUUGGUCACAUGCACCACUAAACGUCCCCUGUGUGCCACUACCGCAUCUGCCCCGGAUUUCCAUUCAUCGUUGAUUUGCGCUCCCGUUGUGAAUACGCCGUGUACAGUGAGGACUCCGUCAAACUCUUCCUUCGUAGUUAUGUGGGUUUGCAAUACUCAUCUUUGUAACGUACCGUUUCCUCCUCAAUGGCGAAAUGUAUUAAUCAACUUUCCAUCAAAUAAUACAGAUAUGAAGCAACUUAAUAUCUGUAAUUCGUUAUUUAAAUAUGCUAAUAACACAAAUCAGGAUAAAACUCCUAAAGAAAAAAUUACAGAAGAGUCUAAAGCACCUCAAGCAACAGCAAGAACUUCCUUAGAACCUACCUUAGUAUCUGUUCCUACAAAGAUGAACGUACAGUUAAUGUUACGAGAUUCAGAGAGACCAAGAGCUGAGGCUUUAAAGCAACAGCCAACAGUUCCAUCUGAUGAUGAUGAGGACGAAAGUGAAGGAAGUGGGUCAUACGAGGAGUCGAAAAUUCACAAUAACGCCGUGUCAGCCCCUGCCGCUCCAAGCUCAUUUCUUCCAGCUAACGAGAAUAGCGCAACCUCUUUGUGCAAAGACUUUCUCGUUGCUACAUUAUUCAUAUACCUUGUAGUCUAA